GCAAGAUAGACAAGGAGUAUGGCGAUGGAGGACACAGACAAACAACUGCAUAUGAAAAUAAAUGGAAUAAUUAUACUGUAGGCCUACUCUAAACACGAAGCUAUUGUCUUAAUUUGAAACCUCAUAUGAUUUAAUAUGGUUCUUUAGAGCCUAUUACUCUUUAUCAAUAUAGUUAUGCUGUUUGUAUUAUACUGGCAAACAUGUCAACUUUUCAAAUGAAUGAGUAAUUGGAAUACGAAUGGAUGAAGACUCAGCUUUCUCUGGUGUCUUUCCUGUGGUGUCUGAAGAGAAUAUUCUAGUAGACUUUUUUCAGGCACACUUGGCUCUAUCCUGCAUACUCAUUUCAGUUACAGCCAUAACCAUCGCCUGGUUUAUUAGAGAUUCUUUCAAAGUUGAAGAUUUUGACCAGAAACAUGUCUUUAUCACGGGCUGUGAUAGCGGAUUUGGAAAUUUGGUGGCAAGGCAGCUUGACCAAAAGGGGUUUCAUGUAAUAGCCGCAUGUCUCACGGAGAAAGGUGAAUCGGAAUUGAAGGCUGCGGCCUCUCCCAGACUGAAGACAGUUCUGUUCAAUGUUACCGACAGUCCGAGCAUCGAGAGUGCGGUGGAGUUUGUGCGCGCCGAGGUUGGAGAGCGAGGUCUCUGGGGGCUGAUCAACAACGCUGGGAGGUCCACACCUAUAGGCCCCACUGAAUGGAUGCAGUUGGAGGACUUCAAGAAAGUUCUAGAUGUGAAUUUAAUAGGUCUGAUUGACGUGACCCUGAAGUUCCUCCCACUCUUAAAGAAGGCUCAAGGAAGGGUGAUCAAUGUUGCCAGUAUCCUGGGGAGGCUUGCCCUCAACGGAGGAGGCUACUGCCUAUCUAAGUAUGGUGUGGAGGCCUUCUCUGACAGCCUUAGACGGGAUAUGCAGCAUUUUGGUGUAAAAGUGAGUAUCAUUGAGCCUGGUUUCUUCAAGACGGGUGUGACCAGGCUGGACCUCAUUGAAGCAGACCUGCAGAGACUGUGGAACCGUCUCCCUGAGGAGGUCAAGCACUCAUAUGGACCCAAAUUCUUUGACGAAUAUGUAAAAGCUCAGGAUUUCUCCAUGGGUCUCCUGUGCAGUUCAGACAUCUCCAAGGUGACCAGUUGCAUGCAGCAUGCUCUUACAGCCCGCUACCCGCGGACCCGCUACUCACCUGGUUGGGAUGCUAAGCUCAUCUGGAUCCCCCUGUCCUACCUCCCUGCGUUCAUAGCAGACUUCACAGUCGCUGUUCUACUUCCUGUCCCCAAAGACGACAGAAAGAGCCAUGCAAACCAAGUGGGUGUGGCAAACACAUGAGCCACUGGACUCUUUCCUUCAUCAAUCACGUCUAUGAUAUGUUUUAGAUUGAUUUAUAUUCAUGAUUUGCAUUUCAAGGAUGUUGAUACUACACCGAAUAAAAAUAUAAGUGCAACAUGUAAGGUGUUGGUCCCAUGUUUCAUGAGUUGAAAUAAAUCCCCAACAUUUGCCAU